GCGUCCUUUCUUCCUCUCUCCCCAUCCCGCCGAACCUAAGACAGUUGACGGGGUGGGGAGAGACCAAGGAAGCGUCCCGGUUUUGGCGUCUCCCGGCUCCCAGCCUCUAAGAACCGGUCACCAGGGCACACGAACCUCCGCCGUUUAACUCCAGCAGCCCAAACAUGGAAGCCACCCCCGCCUAAGAAGUACCCGGAGCGGGCGGGCGUCCAGACGCCCCGCCUACCUCCCACCUCCCUGGCUCGGUGGUAGCGGCGGAGGGCGGAGGGAUCUGGAGGCGGCGGAGGGAGACGUCAUUGCAGGGUUGUUUGUGCAGUCUCGGCGGCGGCGGCGGCGGCGGUGACCCACAGUGAUUCGGCCGCGGCGCCGGGGGGUGGGGGGGGCUGCGCGGGACUCUUUUUCUUUCAGACUGACCGCGGGGGAGCUGGGGAAGCAUGUCGACCCCGGCUCGGAGAAGGCUCAUGCGAGAUUUCAAGCGAUUGCAAGAGGACCCACCCGUGGGGGUCAGUGGUGCACCAUCUGAAAACAACAUCAUGCAGUGGAAUGCAGUUAUAUUUGGGCCAGAAGGGACACCCUUUGAGGAUGGUACUUUCAAACUAGUAAUAGAAUUUUCUGAAGAAUAUCCAAAUAAACCACCAACUGUUAGGUUUUUAUCCAAAAUGUUUCAUCCAAAUGUGUACGCUGAUGGUAGCAUAUGUUUAGAUAUCCUUCAGAAUCGAUGGAGUCCAACAUAUGAUGUAUCUUCUAUCUUAACAUCAAUUCAGUCUUUGUUGGAUGAACCGAAUCCAAACAGUCCAGCCAAUAGCCAGGCAGCACAGCUUUAUCAGGAAAACAAACGAGAAUAUGAGAAAAGAGUUUCGGCCAUUGUUGAGCAGAGCUGGAAUGAUUCAUAAUAGACAACUGAUUCCGGCCCUCAGCCCUAAUGGUCACUGGCAAAGACUUUUAUUUCCCAAUGGAUGAGAGAGACUCCAUCUUCUUGGUCAUAGUUGGGAAUGAGUUGCAUGUGGUCAUCCAUACACGGUCACACAGGUCCAGCCGCCGCUUCACCCGAGGCUCCUUAGUCCUUGCAUCCAUCGAAUCUUUGGCUUUGUUAUAAUCUUUGGAUUUGUUAUAAUGCAUGCUGCACUGGGCCAGGCGGUCCUUGAACUUUUCCAGCUCACUGGUCACCAAGGCCUGAGCUUGAGACAGAGGUGCAUGACCGCUCAAUGCACUGUUGUCUUCAUAGCAGUGGGCCUGCACCAGAACACAAGGCCCUGCGUCUUCCAGAUGCUCUCUCUCCACAUGCUUCACCAUGGAAUCCACCAGCUCUGAUACCAGGAACUGCUACAGCUCCACCAUGGAGACCCCGUGCUGCAUUGUUGCUUGGCUGUAUUGUAAAGAUGCAUCCCUGUCAACGCUGGCAAGGAAAAAGCUCUGGCGCACAUACCCAGAUCUAGGUAAAAGGGAAAAAAACAAACAAAAAAAAACAGCUCAAAUUUAAUGAUA